GCCCAGCUUCUUGAAGUGGGCAGCAUCAAGGUACACACCAAGAAAGACGUGCCUCUUGUGCCGCCCUCACACAAGCAUCAGUGGGUACGCCUCGCUGAUCCGCAUCGCUCGGAAAUACACCUGCGACAGGAGAGCAAAUUCGUGCUCGCAUGGCUCAGCCUUUGCUUUGCCCACGAGCAGCCGCGAUCGCUUCGCAAUGCUCCGCGCAUGCAUUGCUACAGUGCGGCGGAUGCUUUCGCUGACACAGACAAGAUGGGCAUUGGCGGCUGGCUCAGCACCUCCACCGCUUUCGUCUGGUUUAGCGAGAUCUUCUCUGCUGACGAAGUUAGAGCACAGUGGCCUCAGCUACAUGGGUCGAUGCAGCCCUACAUAGGUUGCUUUGAGACUCUUGCACAGCUUGGCCUCGCACAGUGCUCCUGGCAGGAGCUACGCAGCAAGCACGUUCGUUUCGUGUUGCCCACUGCUUCGGACAACACGAGUGCCGAAAGCGGCCUGAACAAGCUCUUCAGCACUGCGGAGCCUCUUGGCACUUUCCUUCGCCUUGCAGCCACUUGGGCACAUCUGCACCGCGUUCAGUUCGAGGUUGAACACCUCGCUGGCGAGAAAAACGUCUGGGCCGACAGACUAAGCAGAGGCCGCCUCAACUUUCUCUCACAUCGCUCAGCAGAGCGUGUACGUGUGAGCCUCGCGCAACUGGCCUCAGCAUCGCAUUGCGUCACGCUGCAUGACCCAUCCAAAAACUGGCCUCCUUGCCUUCGCAAGGCCCAGACAGCCACGCUCCGCUGA